AUGGAAUAUCAUCAUACAAUUACAAAUGAUGAUCAUGAUAAUAAUAAUAAUAAUAAUCAUAACAUACCUAAACAAAUAGAUUUCUUUUCGCUCUCUAAUUGUUCGUCUGAAGAAAUAUCAAAACAAGAUAAUAAUAUUACUACUUUCCAACACGAUUAUGAUGAUGAUGAUCAUAUCAAUACUAAAUUAGAGCUUCGAGUUGCUCCAAGUAUUGAUUAUAUGGAGAAAUCUGCUACUAAUAAUAGUGGAGGAGAAAAUUUGAAGAGACAAUAUGAGAAUAAUCAUACUGAUGAGGUUGUACUUCUGAAAGAGGAGAUAGCACGACAAAGAGUCGAGAAUCAAAAUUUGAAGAAUUUAGUUAAUCAAGAUAAUGAGGACACAAAUAAAAUCUCCAUUAAAGAGGAUCACGGAACAACUGGUAUGCAAACAGUCAUAAAUGCUGAAGAGCCUCAUCAAAAAAUCAAGAAAAAAGCUCGAGUGUGCUUUCGGGUUUCCUCAAAAGAAAAUAUGAUAACUGAUGGAUGCCAUUGGAGGAAAUAUGGUCAAAAAAUGGCAAAAGGAAAUCCAUAUCCACGAGCAUACUAUCGUUGUACCAUGGGAACUUCUUGCCCCGUUCAUAAACAGGCACGCAAAGUACAAAGAUGUCCAGAAGACGAAAGCAUUCUCAUGACAACGUACGAGGGACAACACAACCAUCCGUUACCUACCGUUGCUCAACCCAUGGCUAAUACAAUAUCAUCUGCAAUCUCAAUGCUAUUAACUGGCGAAAACACGUCAAGUUCAUUCGAUCAAUUUCUUACCCCAACCAUAUUGUCACCCAAUGAUGCUCUUCCCGGCCUACCAGGCGUAGCCACAAUCUCAGCAUCGACUCCAUAUCCUACUAUUAUAUUAGACUUCACUAAACAAGUAAACUCGCAAUCGACAACACAAGAUAGUAUGGGCUUGAUGAAAUUUAUGCAACAACUCUUAGGCCAAAGUCCCCAAGGUAAUACUAAUUUGCCUAUUGUUGACCUAAUAAGUGUUAUUAAGAUGGCUUUGGAAUCAGAUCCCAAUUUAAUCUCCGUAUUAGCAUCAAGCAUUGCCUCGACAAUUAAGGCACAUUUUGAAGGUAAAAAAGAAGAUAGUAUGGGGGAUAUUAGUGAGAAUGCUAUGGGUGAGAAUUAG